AUGAGGUUCAUGAAUCCUGCAUGUCUUAUCAAUAAGCUAGGAAGAAGCCACUCCAAGAAGUCAUACGAACGGUUGGUGCAUGAGGAUGACCAGGUCGUGAGGUCCAAGAAGAAGCACGGUUCAGCUCCAAAAGGUUCUAUAGAUUUGUUCGUGGGGAAAGAGGAGAAGAAAUACCCAGUUCCCCUCAAGUACUUUACACACCCAAAGCUCCAAGAACUCCUCAAAGAGUACCAAGAACCCGUGUUUGAUCCAAGAUUUGAUGAGCCGAUUGUGCUUGAAUGUUCUACGGAGAUCUUUGAGCAGUUGCUCCAUUAUAUCGUCAAGACUCGGUAA